AUGUCUGGAGAAGAAGCAUGGAAGCAACAAAUCCCACCGGGUUUCAGGUUUAUUCCUACGGAUGAAGAGAUACUACAAUAUUAUCUUUUUCGUUAUGUCACCGGAAACUAUAUCUUGCCCGGAAUAAUACCUCUAGUCGAUCUCUACGAAUGUGACCCUGAUUACCUUCCAGGAGUUAAUAUGGAGGGGGAGUAUACGUACUUCUUCACGAGGAGAGAUCGAAAAUAUGUCAAUGGAACAAAAAAUACUUCUCGGGUUACAAGAGACGGAAGAGGAUACUGGAAAUCAACGAACAAAAAAGCUAUAGUAGUCGCUCAAGAUGGUUCUAAGUUGGGUAAAAAAACCACACUUAAAUACUAUUUUAAAAACCCAGAAGGUGACGACAUCCCCGCACAAUGGAUAAUGCACGAGUAUGUAAUUUCUUGCAAGAUCGUCAAACCCUCAAUAGAGGACGAAUAUUACGAGGAUAUUGCAGCCUGCAGAAUUUAUAAGAAAAAACCAGAAAUCAAAGAGAAAACUUUAAUUGACCCCAAUAUUGAUCAUAAUAAUGAAGAACCACAACUAUCAGUAAAGCGAAAAUUCAUCGCAUCUGAUCCGCCACAUGAUACAACCAUGACUUCAAAUUAUCUAUGUGAUAGUCAGGCUGCAUUAAUGUUGGAUGGUAUGAGAACCACUUAUGAGAUUGGUCAAACAUCAAAUACUAAGUCAAUACCAAUUGAAAUUAGCCAUACAUCAAGUACUAAUUUAACACCAUUCGAGAUUGAUCAAAUGUCAUAUACUAAGUCAACACUAUUCGAGAUUGGUCAAACAUCAAAUACUAACUCAACGCCACUUGAGAUUGACAAUAUUGUGCCAAUGGGAGAAGGGGUGUUUGUGGGUCCGACAGAUCAAACCUCGACGAAUGUUUACCAAAAUCAGAGUAAUGAAGGGAAAAUUGAGGGAACUAAUUUUGAUUUGGAUUUGGAUUUGGAUGAAUUGCAUAACGUAUUACACGAUAGUUCGCCUCCAGAUGAGUCCUUUGAGGAAUACUGGCAAUCUCUUCAAAUUUAAGGUUCUUCACCAAACAAUACCACCAUAUGUAACACAACAACAAGGACAUUUGCUAAUAUAGUGUUUGUGAUUCUAUUUUAUCUCUCUAGGAGCUCGUAUUUUUUUUUGCU